AUGUGGUCGCCCAAGUGCAUGGUUGAUGGAUGUGGCGUUGUCGUGUGGUACACCUACUUCAAGGUGCACGUGACCAAGGACCACCCGGAGAUACCCCAACACCGCAAUAUCCGCAAGCAGUACGGCCGCCAAGUCGAAGCGAACGACCAGGUGCUUGAGGACGUGGGCGUCGCAGAUUUGCACCCUUUACCAUUGUUGAAGAGCGUCCUCAAGUAUCGUCUCGAAGGUGAAACGACAGUGUGCUUGCUGCUGGCGCUUUGUCGAAAGAGUGGUAGUGAUCCUAAGGCAGUCCUCCAAUCAAUGAUUAACGAGCAUGAGGCGGACGAGGACUACGCAUUUUCGCCGCCGAUGACCCCUGUAUCAUUGCCCUCGUCCACCCCUGUUCCACCAUUUGCGGCCGCUGUUGCAUCCAGCAUUCCAUCGACUCCCGUUGUUGUUGCUCCUCUUCCCCCUUCGAAAGGCGCAGACCCCAGAGAAUUAGCAGACUGA